UAAAAGGCUUGGUUUUUUUUUCCACUUUUUGUUUGAUUCUCGACAAGAGCCUGAAUACUCGAGAAUCAAGAAUGACGUCUGAAGCUUGCUGCAGGAUCCCUGCCAUUGUUGCAAAAGGUUACCAACCUCGAGGAGUCUAUCAAACCAUCGCUGGUCUGAAUACGUACGUCACCGGGUCUACCGCAGAAGCAAAAUCAGGUAUCGUAGACAUUUUCGACAUUUUCGGUUUCAGUACGCAGACCCUCCUAGGUGCCGACGUCCUCGCUGCCCGGACGAAUUCCGUCGUCUUGGUCCCUGACUUCUUCGACGGCGAGGCCGUCAGUCAUGACUGGCUACCGGCCGACACUGAAGAAAAGAAAGCCUGGUUGUCGAGAUUCAUGAGUGAAAAGGCUGCAUUCCCUCGAAAUGUGGAUUUGUUGUUGAGGGUGACGAAAGAGUCUAAGACCACGUUCGCCAACGUGAACUCUUGGGCGACGUUUGGACUAUGUUGGGGUGGGAAAGUGGCGGUGCUGGCGUCGGGACCAGAAUCUCCCUUUGUGGCAUCUGGACAAGCUCAUCCUGGACGUAUGGACAAGGCGGAUGCGGAAAAGUUGACGAUCCCGCACAUUGUACUUGCAUCCAAAGACGAGCCAGCCGACACUGUCACUGCGUAUACGGAAAUCAUCAAGACAAAUGGCGUAGGUGGCGUGGUCGAGACGUACCAUACCAUGUGGCACGGGUGGAUGGGUGCUCGCGCGGACCUGGAAACAAAAGAAAGUCGCGAGGAAUACUCUCGCGGGUAA